CUCAUUCAAUUGCUCGCCCGCCAUUGUUACCGAGCUCACUUCAAUCGCUUGAAUUAAUCCGACAUAUAUCUUUCAAAGUAAGAAGGCUUCUUCCACAGCUGCUUAGACGUCACCGAAUCGCAAGAUUCACUAGGAGAAUUCAAACCUAUCAGGUGUACCGUGUCCAAAGAUGCAAAAAACAAGUAAACACAAGAGGCAACAUUCUCAAUUUCAACACAAACCGUGAUGACCACAGUAGAACCGUGCCUCACUUGCUUCCGGAAAACGGACAAUUAUCUACGCAUAGCGGACGAAACUAACGCGGACGAUGUUGGAAGAAUCGUCGGAACCCAUUUCUGGUUCUCGGAAUCGGAGUGCGUCAGCAGUGUCCUAUGUACGAGCUGCUGGGAAAAGAUUGACGAUUUCCACAAGUUCUACUGUGAAGUGAAGCUUGCUCAUACGGAGUUAGGGAAGCUGAACGAGCCGGAAAUCAAAAUUGAACCAUUGGAGCAGCCGAUGCUGGACACCAUAAAACCGGAAAGGUUAUUGAAUGUAGCAAAGGCAACACCCAGUGAAUCAAUAACUGAUAAUGAAGACGAUAAAGUGGAGAUGCAACAAAAUGUCUCAAAUGAAGGUGAUGAGGAGAAUCAAGUAAGCGAAAGUGUUCCGGAACCACCAGUGAAGAAAGGUAGACGUGGGAGGAAACGCAAGGCCGCUCUGCCGGAACCCGAACCGGAACCGGAGUCUGAAUCUCAAUCUGAACGUGCCAUUGAAGAAACAGCCGAUCAGGAGGAAAUACAAGCAGAGGAUGACUCUGACUGGGAACCGAUAAGAGACGAUGACUCUGCUGAGGAAUUUAAACCGAAAGGGAAAAGGCGAAGAGUGGAAAGAAAACCGAGGAAAAAGUAUGCCCCUAGAAAACCUCGAAAAGCGGAUGAAGAACGGCCAGCCAAUGCUAAAACGAAAGAAGACAUUGCGAAAGAGGAUGAGUUCAUCCAAAAAUACUGCCCGAUAUACUGCGAUAAGUGUGAUUUCAGUUCGGAUACCUUUGGGGAAUUGAAGAUUCACACUACGACUGUGCACAAUAGCAAUCCGUUGGUUGUGUGCUGUGAGCACAAAUUCUACAAGCGAUCGUUCCUCUUCCAACACGCUCAAUAUCAUGAAAAUCCAGAUAAAUAUAAAUGCCAGACCUGCUCGAAAGUGUUUUACAGCGGAUUGGCGCUCAAACUUCAUUUGGAUUACACCCACGUCGCAGAGGAGGAAAAAAUCUACAAGUGCGAGGUUUGUCAGGCCAGUUUUGCAAAAGCAUAUCACUUAACGUCGCACCGAUUGAAGCACACGUCCAUAGCGGAAAAACGUUUCUACUGUCAACCCUGCGAUAUAGCCUUCCGCACGAAUCAGUCCUAUAAAACCCACCAGCACUCAAAACACGGAGCAGCUGCGAAGUACGUAUGCGAUAUCUGCGCUCGUGGUUUUCGUCAAAAAUCCGAUUUGGUUACCCAUCAGUUGUCGCACAGUGAGGAAGGGCUGGAAAAGUUAAAAAUACAGUGCGAACACUGCCACAAGUGGAUGAAGAACAAGAAGUCGAUCUGGACGCACCGACGCAUCUGUCAAAGUUCCGGUCCGGUUGCGUGCGAUAUCUGUGGCAAGAUGGCGCCCAAUCCGGAGCAGCUUAAAAGUCACAAAAAGUUCAUGCAUCAGGACCAACGGGUUCACCAGUGCAGCUACUGCGAGAAGGCAUUUAAACGACCCAUCGACCUCAAGGAACAUGAAACCAUCCACACCGGGGAAGUAUUAUAUACCUGUAAUUUCUGCCCGAAAACCUUCAACUCAAACUCGAAUUUGUACUCGCAUCGGCGGAAAAUGCAUCCGGUUGAAUACGCGGAGUGGAAGUUGGCCCUGCAGAUGAAAAAGCAACCAAUGCAACAGGCUCCGGCGGGAACGGAAGGAGAAGCGGUAAUAGAGGGCAUGUCAGAAUUGCCAGCAUUGCUUCCCGAUGUGGAAAACUUUGUUUGAAUAUAGCACUGAUUCAGAAUGAUA